UAUUAGUCAUAUAAAUAUGUGGGAUAUAAGAAUGCCAAAUCAGUUCGGCAUAAAACUGUGAUUGUUAAAAGAUACCGUCGUAAUAAUAAACGGGUAAACAUAAUAAGAAGAGCGACCAUGAGACGUACUUUGAUUAUUUUAGUGUCAGUGGCAGUGAAUUUGUAUUCAAAUGCUGGUAUUAACGCUCACGUAAUAGCGAAAGCUGGUGCAGCAGCCGGAUCCUAUGCUACCGGGUCAAACGCUGGAUCAUAUUCAGGUGCUACAGCCCAUGCUGAAGCUCACGCUAGUGCCGUAGCCGGAUCUGCUCUCAAUUCCGGAGCGUAUUAUGGAGGACAACAUGGAGGUGCGUCCGCCCAGUCGAUUAGUAAAACAGGAGCGUUAACUCAGUACGGUUCUACAUCUAAUUCAGGAGCCCUAAGUGGUUGCUCCUCGUGCAGACACCAAUUGUUCCCCGGACCAAACGGCAGCAUCCACGACUACAAACUGGCAUCUGCAGUGGCAGCACCACCUCACGGAACUGCUUCAGCUGCUCAGGCCUCAGCUACAGCAGCUUCCAAUUAUCAGCACCCAACUCUACCCGUAACCAACUUACCGGGAGCCCCUGGAAGUAUUUACAGCAGCAACCCAACAGUCACUGCGACACAAUCAGCUUCCUCACAAUCGUCCGGUUCUAAUACGGCGUAUGUUCAAACAGUAAGUCAGUUGUCUCCCAGUUUGGUUGCUAGCUUCCCAGGACCUUCGGGCAGUAUUCACGAUAGCAAGCCAGCUACAGCGAUUGCCGGAGCUGCAGCUGUGGCCGGAGCUUCCGCUUCUUCUGGAUCCAAUGUCCACUUAGUCCAACCACAUCCACAACCUGCAGUCGCUGUUCCAGUAGCACCAGCACCGGUGCCUAACUCUCAAUUGUCUCAAAUAAUUCCGGUUUUGCCCGGUCAACCUGGUAGUAUCUAUAACAGUAAACCAGUUGUGGCCGGAUCACAACAUGUUAAAGAAAUUGCUUCCGGAUCAUCCUCUGAAUACCAUGAUCAGUCAGGAUCUGCACUACCUAACCCUCAGUUGCCUCAAAUAAUUCCGGUUUUGCCCGGUCAACCUGGUAGUAUCUAUAACGGUAAACCAGUUGUGGCCGGAUCACAACAUAUUACAGAAAUUGCUUCUGGAUCAUCCUCUGAAUACCACGAUCAAUCAGGAUCGAUUACCAACAUACCAGAUCACGUAAAAGCUGAUACGGGUUGUCGAUACGUUCCUGGAGUAGUUGGCGGUAAAUGUGGAACUAAUGAUCUUUCACAACAACAUUCUGGAUCUAAUUACCAAUUAGCUCAGCCUCAUCCUCAAACAACACCUGUUUUAGUACCUGUACAACCUAACCCGCAAUUAUCUCAAAUAAUUCCACAAGUUUUCCCUGGCCAAUCUGGCACUAUUCAUAGCAGUAAACCAGUGUUGGUGGGCUCGUCGCAGAAUGUAAAUGCAGCAGCAGCUUCUCACGCCGCUUCCUCUGAAUACCACGACGAAUCCGGAUCGAUUACCAAUAUUCCAGCACAUAUAAAAGCGGGAUCGUCCUCCUGCAGAUACGUUCCUGGAUUGGCAGGCAAUAACUGUGGAUCCAGUGGACAAUUAACUAUUGACAACAGUAUAAACGGUGACCUUGGAAGUAAUUAUGAUGCUGCUGACAAAGGUGUUUCUGCUCUAUCUGUUCAUCCAGAGACUCCACUAUCCGGCACAUACUACAUCAAUAAACCGUCAACUGAUUUGGAAGCACCAAUCAAGUCAAGUUUCUCCGGUCAAAUUCCUUGUGCUGGUGGUAGCUCUUGCGGUCAAACUAAUCAAGGAUUAAACACGCAUGAUGCCGCGCAUCUUUCCGGCGGGAUAGUUUUCCAAAACGAAGAUGGUUCCUACCAUGGCAAUAAGGCUAGUUAUAAGAAUUCGGAAAAUGGCCAUUAUGCAGUAAGCUCUAACAGCGCAGAUAAUAAAGGAGUCUUGAUCGGUCCUGGAACCGGCCAUUUACCCAUUGAAAGCUCCAAACCGUUCGGUACCCAAGGGGCAUUCGGUGGUUCAGCGGCAUUUUCAAAAAGCAAUUCUGCCGCUGCUUCAAAUAACCAUCAAACAAGUGAAAAUCUCAAUAGUGAACAUAAACCGUUCGGCACUCAAGGAGCUUUUGGUGGGUCAACAGCUUACUCCAAAAGUGACGCCUCAGCAGUGUCAGCUAACCACCAAGGGGCCUUUGGAAACCAAGGGGCCUAUUUGGGGGAUAAGUCGGGGUCGUAUAGUGGCCAUGGAACUUUUGGAGCAUCAAAAGCUGGCUCUGCUUCCGGAAGUGGAGGUGCCCUAGCAGUUGCAAAAGCUGGUUCGGCUGUUUCCAAUCAAGUUCACUCGCCUACUGCUGGUCAACUCAUUGACGUAAGAGAUAACGGAGCUUACGGGCUGUCUGGUAGUUUUUCGAAGAGUUCUUCAAGUUCACAAAGUUACUCAAGUGCCAGUGCCAGUUCAAGUGCAGUAUCAUACUCCGGUACAUUUUAAAUAGGCCCCUGUUAAGUAUCAUUUAUUUUGUAAAUCAUGUGAUAGCUUUUAAAUUUAUUUUUGCCAAUAAACUUUUUAUAUUGA